UUUGCAAGGUGGACGACAACGCUUGCGCAAAGAGUGAACACUAUACAGUGACACAGACGAUGAUGGUGAUGAUGAAGCUGUUGCCGGACCAGUUAAACGCAAACACCUCCCCCCAGCCCCGCCAGUCCCGCCAAUCCCGCCAGUCCCACCGUUUCCAAGCCUCCAUGCUCCUGCUGGUAUACAACUGGACAAUCGACAAGCCACAGACAGAGAAAUACUAAAGGCUAUCACUGCUGUCCAGGUAUCUUUGGAUGAAGUUCGCAAAGAGGUUUUGUCCCAAGGACAGCUGCUGAACACGAUGAUCAGCAAAGAGGCAUCGAGUGGCACCAUAGAUGUGAUGGAUACCUUUCCGAUAAAGUCCAUGGAAGAGCUGGAUGGAAUGGAAAACAAAAUUGAAGAUAGAGAAAUUGCUAAAUCACUGGUCAAUCAACUCAGCCUCAUCGGGGGUUCUAAUCUUAAGGAGGCGACCAGAUGGGUGAUGUCUCAAACCAUAUCCCACAAUGUUGCUCUGAACCUUAAUUGGGCAGGGAGGAAGGGCUGGAAAGGUCAGCAGACUGAACCGAAGAGAGCAUUUGGUGGUCUGCGCCUAUGCGCUGCAAUGAAAAAAUCGAUGCUGAAGAACGUUGCCUUCAAAACAACAGAAGACCAGGUCGAGAGAGAAAUGAUGAUAUGGCUUCGCAACGCCUGCGACAGGCAUGGGGGCAGGAAGAGGCGCGCUGAGUCUCAAGCCACUGUGUCCGUAGUGACUGUUUCGGAGAACAGCGAAAUCGCCGAAAUCACUGAAAAUGAACUUUGA